CCCGCCCCGCCCCCGCUAGCUGUUACCCGCUCUUCGGGCGCGCGCCUGCCCGUCUUCCCUAGAGGUCUUCCAGCUUCGGCUCGCUGCACCUCCAACGCGGUCCGCGCCACGUGAGGGCUCGCGGCCCCUGGCUGCGGCGCCCUGCGCGUGUUGGCUGGCUUGGGGCGUGCGUCGCGGAGGGGCGCUGGGCCAGCGGGCGUUUGGCGCUUCGUUCGACGCAGGGAGGAGCGGUACGCCGAACGCUGCACGGCCUCGGCCGACGCGGGUGGCGGUGGUGACUGCGGCUGGGCUGUCGGGUUCUCGCGUCCAGCCCCGGCGGAGAGACGGGCAGCCGGACUCCCUGACCCCGGACUCCUGCGGGCUGGGGCGGCUGGGGCAAGGGGACGAUGUCUGUUCGCGCCCCGGUGCCCUCUGCUCACUCCCGGGAGGAGUCGCCCGCCAUGGCUGCUGAGAGGGAGCCGCUGUCCGUCUCAGCGUGCCGACAGGCCGAGCAGGUACCCCCGCGCGGAAGAGAAGGCAAGGAGACGGCGAGAGAGGAGAGGGCCGCUACCGCCAGCAGCGCAGGGGCGCGGGGAGAGCCGUUGCCGGCGCAGGUACUGGGACACAGCGUGCCCCAGGAGGCCGUGCCGGUGAGGCCCCUAGCGCUGCACCUGGCGCGCAGGGCGCACGGGCCGGGGGACCCCUUCAGCGGGGAGCCGCCGCCACUCCUGUCUCGGGGCCCGCCGAACGCGGACGCCCCCGAGGAGACCGCCGGCCCUGAGGAAAAGCUGCCGCUGCCGCUGCCACCGCCGCCGCCUAAGGAGAACCCUUGGAUCAAAAAGCCUUCCCAGCACCUGCCCCUCGCAGGGACUGGGUCGCCGUCACCCGUACUAGAAUCCCUGGAAUCAGAGCUCAGUUCCCCAAAAAUUAUAAAAGCAGGAAAACUCAAGACAAAGAAGUCCAACAAGGCUAGUGAUUUCAGCGAUAUGGAGGAUUGGCCAACACCAAGUGAAUUAGUGAACACUGAAUGUCAGAGUGUCAUCAGCCAAGGAAACAAGAAACCACAAAAUAGAAAAGAAAGAGAAGACAAGGUUGAAAAGAGAAGUAACAAUGAGAGUAAAGCAAGCCGGGAAACAAAAUUAGAUGGUCCUGAUGAAACUGUCAGUGAGGAAGAGGCUCAAUCAAAUAAUCAACGAAAGAGAGCUAAUAAGCACAAGUGGGUACCCCUCCACUUAGAUGAUGUAAGACCAGACAGUCAAGAAAGACCAGGAUCCCGGAACAGUUCAAGAUGUCAACCUGAAGCAUAUAAAUCAUCACAUGACAAUAGGAGAAAUGAUACACGAAGCUGGAGGCGUGAUAGAGAAAAAAGAGAUCAUCAAGAUGAAGUUGCCAGUAUGAGAAGUGAGGGUGGUAAUAUCCGAGGUUCCUUAAGAGGCCGAGGAAGAGGGCGAGGACGGGGAAGAGGCCGAGGCCAAGGAAAUCCUCAAUUGAACUUUGAUUAUUCAUAUGGUUAUCGAAAACAUGGUGAAAGUACUGAUCAACCACUUCCAACAGAAUUUAAUACCAGUAUGAUGUAUUACUAUGAUGAUGGUACAGGCAUACAGGUGUAUCCUGUGGAGGAAGCACUGCUUAAAGAGUAUAUUAAGCGCCAAAUUGAAUAUUACUUCAGUAUAGAAAAUUUGGAACGGGAUUUUUUUCUUAGGAGGAAGAUGGAUGAACAAGGUUUCUUGCCUAUUUCCCUGAUUGCUGGUUUCCACCGUGUUCAGGCUCUCACUACAAACCUUAAUCUCAUUUUAGAGGCAUUGAAAGAUAGCACAGAAGUGGAAAUUGUGGAUGAGAAAAUGAGGAAAAAGAUCGAACCAGAAAAAUGGCCAAUUCCAGGCCCUCUCCCACAUAGUGUGCCACAAACAGACUUCUCUCAACUGAUUGAUUGUCCAGAGUUUGUACCAGGCCAAGCCUUUUGUUCACAUACAGUCAGGGUGAUCAUCUACUGAUGCUCGUGGAUGUCACUUGAUCGGAACAUGCAGAGGAAUAGGUGAUUGACUGAAAUAUUAUAAAUACUGGAACAAAUUGUGCUGCAGAAAUGAAAGCGACCAGACUGACUUCUGUGCAAGAAUAUCUACUCCCAACUUCUUAUGGAGGAGGUUGGGCCAACACUGCAAUGGAGAUAAACACCUUUGUGAUGGUGAUGAGAGACAGACCAGAAGACUGCUGUUGUUUCUAUAGGAGCUGCCCGUUUGUGUGUAAUUAGCCUGGGCUGCAUGUGCUGUUUUUAUUUACAGUGGGAAAGUUAAUUGUAAUUCUGGAAGUAUCCCAAGUUUCUGUCUUUUUCUUCCAGACUUAUGUACUUGUGUCCAGAUCAAUAAAGCUGAAAUGGAGAGGCUUGAGUGGCAUUUCCCAGAUUGUUAGGUCCUUGGCUAUUUGAUUUGUCUUUCAGUGUAGUGUACGUUGUAUAACUCAUAAGUUGUCAUAAUACUUCAUAUGGACUAUAAGAUUUAUUAAUGUGGACACUAAAGGAUAAGAAAUUUAAGCAAUGAACAAGAGUAUUUUUUCUUUACUCUUCAAAAUGUAUUUUUGAUAUACUAGUAUGAGAGACCUGCCAUCAAUAAAGCACUGAUGGACAGUCUCAGGUAUUUUUAUUUAGUGUUUCUUUGAUUGUCAACCCUCUGUGCUUCUAAACCUAGCAAGCAACUUGGACAGGUGUUUUAAAAGUUGAAGAAAAGAGAUAGCUUUUAGUUUUUUUAGAAAAUGUAUAAUGUCUGAUUGUAUAAGUUAGAUUAAUUUAUUGUUUAAAUGUUGGGUCCAAGAUGAUAUUUUCAACCUGCUUAUGAACAGGCAUUAGGUAAUUUAGAAAAACAGAAAACACUUUAUCCACAGAAUAGCUAAGAUAGGUCUGUCAAGUUGGUAAUGCCUGUCCAUUAAUCAUUUAUGCAUUUUUAAUAAAAUUAUAAGAAUAAAAUAAAAAUGUCUUGUACAUUUUUGUGUUUUUUAACAAUAUAUACUCAUUUGCAUGCAAAUACAUAGUACCUGAAAAAGCCAAUGUAUAUUUAAGUGUCAAAAAUUUAGGUUCUUUAGAUGAUACAUCAGAAUUUAGAUGGAUAAUGAAAGUAUAUAGAAAGAUGGAAUGUUCUUAGAGCUAUGCUGAUGCCCAUUACAUCAUAGGAAUAACGUGUAAACUCAGACUUUUCCCAUGAAUCCUUAAAUUUCUGACCUUAAUAUUUCCCCUCUGAUAAGGAAGCCUUAGUUUCCUAAAUUCAGUAGAGUGUAGUAUUAAACCAAAAAUUUGAAAUGGAAAUAAGGAAUAGGAGGUGUAGAUUAUGUUUAUCUGUACUUAUGGCUAGAGGAAAGAAAUUUUUAUCUAUAUCCUUUUUAUCUCAAAUGAGGAGACCUUAAGUUUCAAAAACAUAACCCUUGAUGUAUACUUCCUGAGGAAUGUGGUGAAAUACUUAAACAUUUUUGGUCCUUUUCAUCAAAAAAUUAAAAUUUCUAUUUUUCCCUUUAUGGAGGUUGAAUUGUCUAACAUGGGUUGACCUCUGCAUUGAACAGAAAACCUUAAUGAACCAGAAAAGGUUGAUUGUGAGAAUGGUAAGACUUUAGUUUUGAAAUUUAGGUUUUGCUGGUCUAUGGAUAUAGUAUUCCACUAUCAGCCUUUAAAUAAAAGGAUUUCAUUCACCAAAAUUGAAAGUUCAGGUACCUGAUGUUUUGUGUUUCUAGCUUUUAAAAAAUGUUUAGGAAAAUCACUAAUAAUUAUUGAGUAAGCUGUGGGAUUUCUUUUACAAGUUGCUAUACAAAAGUAUUUUUGAAUGUGCCACACAUAAAGUAUAUAAUCCUUUUAAAUCCGUCUGUAUAACUACCCAGAACUGUGAUUUAGAGUGGAUAAAAAAGUCAUACUAGAUAGGUAUCAUGGAAUAUAGUGAUUUAUCUCUGGAGAGUCAUGUUGACGAUUUUCAAUUAGUGAAAACAGCAACAAUAAUUUUUUUCUAUGUUCUCACAAAUUAGAACCUGUAAUUGUCAAAGUGUAUGUCUAAUUUUCUUUUUGUCUAUUAAGUUUAAUGUCAAGUAAUCCAAGUCCUGUUCAAACUCAUUAUUUCUUGGAAGAUCAGGACUUUAUCAUUACCCUUAAAUCUACACACAUAAUUUGAAAUCUUUUCAUUAAAAAAGAAAACAGUUACAUUAAAGUGGCGCUGCAUAUGUAUGAAUUAAUUACAAAGUGAAUACCCUUUAAAAACUAAAACUUCUUAAUUUUCUUGUUUUACCCAAAUUCUUUGGUAUUUUAAUGUAAAUAUAUUUUAUAAGCUCAUGCGAAUAUAAUGAAAUACUUGACUUCAUGUUAGAAACAUUCAAGCUUGAAGGGUAUUUAGAGAUGAUUAUAUAAUAAACUUAAGUAGGUGUUUAAAGAUUUAAUUGCUCUGUUAAAAAUAGUAGCUUCUGAUUUUCCUACUAUGUGCCAGGUGCUGUUCUAGUAAUUUAUACAUAAACUAUGCAUAGUAAUUAGUUAAUUCUCACAGUUGCUAGGAUGGUGGUUCUUGUAUACUUUUAAAACUUUAUUCACUGCAUGAACAUAGAUAUUCUGUAAUAUUAGCAAAAGGGUUCUCAGGAGUUAAUGUUUUUUCCAUUCCUGUAACUUUAAUAUUAACAGUCACAGCCCAAACCCAGUAUUUCACUUGUCCUACUUCUGUAGAUCAGUUGAUAAUACAUGUACCAUUAAGAACGUUGUAGAACAACAAUGUCCAAUAGAACUAUUUGCCACAUGUGCAAUCCUAGUAAUUUUAAUAGCCUAAAAGCUACAAAUGAGUUUAUUUUUAAUAUUUGACAUUUUAAUAUGUCCAAAUAUAUCAAUAUAGAAACUAUGGAUCUAUUUUACCUUUUAUUUUGUACCAAGUAUUAAAAAUCUGGUUUGUAUUUUACACUUAUCCUGGACACAUUUCAGGACUAGCCACAUUUCAGGUGUUCAAUAGUUGCAAGUGACUAGUGGCUACUGUAUUGGACAGCACAGUUUUAGAGCCUGUUCUAUUAUGAAAUAAUUACGUCUUUAGUAAGUAAUCUGAUGUUUGAAUCCUGGAUCUAACUGUUCAUCCAUGGAGUACAUAAUAACUCUGUCUGACUCUGGCAUGUAGUAGAAGAAACUCAAAUCUAAGAAUAUAAUUCUCAAACCCAAACUCCUGGAAUAUGCCUUUGCAUUUUCAUUUAGUAAGUGAAAGGAUUGUUGGUGUUAAUUUACUUCAGCUUUCUUUAUGUGUUACUCAGCUUUGCAAUAUAUUCAAGAAUUGACUUUGAGGAGUAAAUGAUGGUUAGAAUUUUACAAUAUAAAUUUGUUUUUAAAACACUUUUUGUCUAAAACAAGUCCAUAUUGCAUGAUACUCAAAUAUUCUUUGGCUUUUAAAAUAUAGAAAGGAAUUGAUUCAGAUUUUAUUGAUUGAGUGUAUUAUUAUUUUGACUAAAAGAUAAUGUGGAAAAAACAGAGUUUUAAAAUAUGUUAAGUGUUAUUGCCAGGGUGGUGCGCAUUAAUGGUGUGAUAUUCCACUCAUUAUUAUAUUCAUACAAGCAAAGUGGGCACACUGCUUUUAGGUAAACCUUAAGCAACAGACAUGUGAAAAGUAGAAAUAAUGGCUGCCUUAGUAUAUAGAUGCUAGUAGAACAGUGAAAGGGUGAUUUUGCCUUGAAUAAAAUGCUCAUUUAGCCUAACUAUGGCUUAAUAAAAUUUGAGAUUCCAUAAUUUAACUGUAAUUAAUAGAUUGCGAUCUAAGAUUUCACAGAGAAUUGACUCCCAAAGAGAUGUAAUGUAAUAGUGACUCACAUUGAUAGUCUUAGGUUUGAAUGAAUGUGGUCUGCAGAAGGGUUGGUGACAUUUCUUUAUUAUUCAUUGGGUUUUUGAAUACAUCUUAAAAGCUCUCUAGAUUUGAAAAUCACUGAAAAAAUUAUAAUUGAGAUUUACUUAUGUCUUUGUGAAAAUUAAGCCCAAGUUAAAAAAAAUCUAUAAAUAACAAAACCAUUAUUUUAACUAUAGAACUAACUUA